AUGCGAGUAAAUAAAACGCGUCAUUAUGUCCGAUUGUUACUGCAAUUUUGUAAAUAUAUAUAUAUAUAUUUAUAUCUAAACAAAAUUUAUAUAUUCUAUAUUAGAUAUAGUUUAAGGACUAAUUCUGAGUAUCAUUCAGAUUCGUAG